CCAGUGAGCAAACAGCACAGACCUAUGUGUGACUGACUCGUCUUACUUCCUGUGCAUCAUGAUCAGUUUACAGAGUGUCUGUCUCCUCCUGAGUACCUUAGUAACAGUGUCCCAGGCUCAGCAUUCAGUAACACAGGAUCCCCCAGUGAUAACAGAAACUGCUGGAAAAAAUGUCAGGAUGUCCUGUACCCUCGGAGGGGGUCUUACUGUCAGUGGCAACAGGGUGGUAUUUAUACAACAAACACUGAGCAACAAACCCAGAUUCAUUCUGUAUUAUUUCACAGAAUCCAGCAAGGGGAAAGGGGAUGGGGUUCCCGCCCGGUUUGUGGGAUCAGCCUCUGGUAAUAUAGGGUAUCUGGAUAUCAGUGGGGCGCAGCCGGAGGAUGAAGCUGUAUAUUACUGUGCUACAUGGACUGGAAGCCAGUAUCUAUUUGGAGGUGGAACCCAACUCAACAUCAUCACUGGGGAAGUGAAGCCCCCCUCUGUGUUUAUCUACCGUGCAUCUGAGGAGGAGAUGAAGACAAACAAGGCCACCACAGUCUGUGCUGUGAGUGAUUACACCCCAAACACUGUGACGGUGGAGUGGCAGGUGGAUGGAGUGAAGUGGACAAAUGGAGUCCACACCUCGAUGGUCAGCAAGCAGAGGGACAACACGUACAUGCAGAGUAGUCUCCUCACUAUGUCCAGCUCUGAGUACACCAAGCAUAAUGAUAUCGCCUGCAAAGUGACACAUCAGGGCAAAGACAUUGUCAAGACAGUGAAGAGAUCAGAGUGUGUUUAAUGUUCCUCCCGUCUUCUGUCUAAUCCUCUAUUGACCUGAGUUCUUAAAUUACACUUCUUUCCUAUUAUGGGGACCAUAUUAUGUCAGUAGAUCUCUCUGCCUGUUAAUGCAAAUGAUACUAUAGAUUAAAUUGUCCCUUUUUCACAGAUUAUCUUUAUUUAGAAUUUUUGCAUCUUCUAUAUUAUUCUCACCUCCUCUUCCAUCAAAUCCCUGUAACAGAUCAAUAGCCCAAUAUCUGUAUGAGCCAUAUCUUGUUUCCUUUCUGUGUCACAUUGUCUUUGUGAGCCACUCAAUAAAUAAUUGUAUCUUUAUCAA